UUUCUCGCCUUUGGUAUUUCUCGCCUUUGGUAUUUCUCGCAUUUGGUAUAUAUAUAUUGAGAUUCAGACAUUUGUAAAAUAUAUGAAAACAGCUAGGGUUUCGAAUCGAUCUACAAUAAACUACGAAAAACAAUCUUCAAUGGAGGACGCGAUCACGGUGCAUUCUUCUUUAGAUAUCAGAUUAACACGCAUACAUGACGACGACUCAAGAUAAGAACGCCUUAUCAUCGGAGGCUCCACUUGCCCCGUCACCGUCGAACGCAAUGUUCGCUCCGACCUCGACACCAAACUUCCAAAGCCUUGAUAAAAUGAAUCACCAAAGAUGCUAUAACAGCAGACAAGGAACGAAUCCGGGAGAUACACUGCCGGAAAAGGUGGAUGCCUACUGAAAAUGUUGAUCUUGAUAAUGUAAAACAAGCUUCAUUGAAUACACAAUUGUCAUAUUCUAAUAUUGGAUUUAGAUUUCUCCAAAAGAUGGGUUGGAAAGGAAAAAGUCUUGGGAAGGAUGAACAAGGAAUAAUUGAGCCAAUAAGGUCUGGUAUGCGGGAUGCAAAAUUGGGAGUUGGAAAACAAAAAGAGGAUGAUUUUUAUACUGCGGAAGAAAAUAUCCAAAGGAAGAAACUUGACGUGGAGUUAGAGGAGACAAAGGAGAUUGCUAAGAAACGAGAGCAGAAGAUAGCACAUAUUUCUUUUAUAUGUGUGUCUUUUGAAGGGAAUUGAUAUCAUCAAGUUUGGAAGGUCUUGAGAAUUUCGUACAGUUUUUAUUACCUGGUUGCUUGCUUCUACUGCCAAGGUCCAAGAAUCUGCAAAACAAGCUAAGCCAAAAAGGGAGGCAAUUGUUUUUCCUUGUUACUUCUGUUUGGACUCUUGUCAUUUUUGUUUCCUAAUUAGGCAGUUUCUUAUGUUGGCCAGAUUUCAAAUAGUAGCUCGACAAUGAAGAAGGCAAAGAUUCCAAUAGCUUCAGUUUUCGGGAAUGAUAAUGACGAAGAACAGUGAAAUAUGUUUGUUGGGUUGAACCCGAAUCUGUUUAAGUUUGUAAACUAUUACUGUCUUUAUGUCUCUCUUUUGCAUCAUCUUUAAGCAAACACUAUGUCAAUUACAGUUUAUUUAUGGAGUUUUUACAGUCAGAUUGUUGAGUGAAAAUUACAGUUUAUUUGUGGA